UGAAUGUGAGUGCGGUACAUUUGCCGUUAACGCUACUGUUCCCCCAGGUUGUCCAUCGACUAAAAAAUGACCACAGCCGGGAGACCAACAUGGGAUACUGCUAAAGGUAGUAGGGGAAAGUGGGAAGGUGAUUUAAGUGCUUUGUCUAAGCAGUACUCUGUUCGUGACUUACCGGCACAUACGAAAUUAAAAUUGCGUCAAGAAGGACAAGGAAGACCUGAAGAUAUUCAAGGAAAAGAUUUUAAACGUGCUUUGGAAGAAAAAGAGAAACGAUUAGCUCAAGAAAAGUCGGGGAGGCCCUCAAUAAAUUCCACUAGUCAACAACCAGCAAUUACCAGUGCCAAACGACCAAGUUCUGCUGCUGUCGCGCCAACUAUUGACAGUAGUACUAUAGGUAGUAUAAAACGUACACGACCUGAAACAACCACUGCUGUGUCAACAACUAAUUUAGACGCUGAUGAUCCGUGGGAUGAGGACUAUGAUGAAGAUCAAGAAGAUGUAAUUAUCACUAAGAAAUCGAAUCAUAAUAAAAGUAAGAAUUCAACUGGAGAUAAAUUUGAUGAUGAUAAUCAAAACGAUGGUGAUGACGAUGAAGAUGCUGACAAUGAUGACGUCGACGACGAUGAUGAAGAAGAUGAAGAAAUGCUACUAGCCGAAUUGGCUAAAAUUAAACGUGAACGAGCUGAAGAAGCAGCCCAUUUGGCUGCUGAAAGGAAAGCAGCUGAAGAAACUAUUCGUAUGGAAAAUAUCUUGAAAGGAAAUCCUCUUUUAAAUUCAUCUAAUUCUUCAGUAUAUCUGAUAUCCCAGUGAAUAGAAAAUUUCUGGCAUAUCGCGACUUAAUAUUGGCUUAAUGAUUUUUACAUAUAGUGAACUAUUUAACUUUUAUACAACAGUCCAUACAAAUUGUAUGAAAUGAUUUAUUAAUUUAAUUCAAUACGACUGUGUCGAUCAUCUGUCUUCAAACCAAUUCACAUUCAUCAUUCUAGUAAGUUAUAAUCUCCAUGAUUAAAAUGUUCACACAAAGAUUCAUUCACCACUGAUUGGACUUAAAUCAUCGUACUUACCGGGAAAAUUGACCUGGUUUAUACCAGGUGGGGAUAAUGAAGUAAUAAUACUGGGAUAUAUCUAGUGCUUUAUAAAGGAAAUUUCCUGCUUCUCCAGUUUCAUUAACUAUUCAAAUAGUUUAUUAAAUAACCGGCUCUUCGAAAAGCUUUAAAACCAUAGAUUCGUUCCGAAGAGGGUGAUUGUACAUAUGUAUACAGAUCAUAGGUCUUUGAGUAGGUCAGAUAUCUAGUACUGUCAUAUUCUUACUAGUUGGUCAAACAAAUCCUGAAUGUAGUCUGAAGAAGACUUUCGAUAUUUUAUUAAAUAAAAUUAGUCUUACUAAUCGAUGAGUGUUAUUAUUUACUAAGUUCAUAAACGGUAUAGUGCAUGAAAUGCUAGUUUAUACAAACUAACAGAAAAAUUUAAAAGAUUGGUAUGCAAUAAUAAAAAUCAGUGGCAUUAGAGUACACUAAUUUUUGGAAUGAUUUGUAACUCAAUCGGAUGAUUUCAAUGGUGUUGUAUUCUGUAAUCUAGAGGUUUCUACUUGUAUUAGACGCUGGUGAUUCUAUUAAGAACAACAAUCAAAGCUUCACAAUUAAAUCAUCCAGCUCGGAGGACUCAGUGUCACCCAAAAUAGCACUUUCCUGUUGGUUUAUAUUAUAUGUUGAAGUUACUUACGCCUGCUGCCCCUUAUGGAGGAGCAUAGGUUGCCCACCAACAUUCUCCAUCCAACUUUGUCCUGGGAAAUCGUUUCCAAUGUCCAUUCAUUAUUUUGAUAUAUGCUUCCGACGCAAUGUGGUCCUCGGUUUUCCUCUUUUCCGCUUCCCUCCAGAAUUCCAAGUCAGCACUUGCCUCGUGAUGCAGUUUGAUGGUUUAUGCAACGUAUGUCCUAUCCACCUCCAUCGUCCCUUCCUAAUUUCCUCUUCAACUGGAAGCUGGUUUGUUCUCUUCCACAGUAGGCUGUUGUUGAUGGUAUCCGGUCAACGGACAUUGAGUAUCUUGUGUAGACAACUGUUUAUAAAUACUUGUACUAUUUUGAUGAUAGUUGUAAUACUUCAAGUUUCAGCUUUGUACACUAGAACAGUCUUGACGUUUGUAUUGAAGAUUUUCACUUUGAUAUUGGUUGACAGUUGU